UUGUGCUCAUCUUCAACGCAACGGACUGCGCAUCUAGCGAAACUAAUUUUCAAGACGCUUCUGUGUGACAUGCCCACAAACGGUCAGCAAGACAAUAUGAGGAAUGACGGUGCUUUGAAGUCCGUAUUGUUGGAGCUUGAAUCCAAAAAACAGGAUUUGGCGGCUGCAGCAGAACUCGGACGUACACUGCUCGCGAGCAACGAAGAGCUUCAAAGAGAGCACCAGACUGCGCUGGAGGCCUUUCGUCAGCAAAUCCACGAACUUGAAAAUGAGCGUCGUAUGCUGCAACUUCGCCUGGAAACGGUGGAAAAUGACUAUGAUUUACAGAUCAAAGAACUACAAAACAAUAUCACUUCUAUGAGAAUAGAUGUCCAGAUGCAGAAGAAUAUGUAUCGACAGCUGGAGAACGACAGGCUGUGCACGAUUUCCGAACUGACACAACAAAAUCAGUCUAUGGCUGAACGACUCAGAGUUAAUGCAAAAACGGAGGCCCGACUGAAGCAAGAAAUCAGCCUACUGAGAUCACAAUGCAACCAGCGAAAGUCUUCCAUGCAUGAUAACCUUCAUUUGCUUGAAUCCUUAAGGCAGGAGAUUACCAAAUUACGGUCGGAGAAGAAUACACUAGAAAUUAAACUUCAGGCUCUUACGGAAGAGAGGAAUCAGGCUCUUACGGAAGAGCGGAAUCAGUUGCUGGACGUUCUAUCUGAAUGUACCCAACGCAUUGGUGAAAUGGAACAGGUUCAGCAAGAACAGAUGGCUACCAUAAACUCACAAGAUAAUGAAAUAGCACACCUUCAACAGAGAGCAACCCUCCUUCAAGAACAUAUUCACAGCCUGUCAACACAUCAAAAUAGUCCACAAAGUCGAAGUUCCCCACUCCAAACCGUCCGGCCCCACCAAUCACUUCUUGCAGAGCUAGCGGAACAACGACUCGAGCUUCUGAGUAAUGCGCCACUUGAAUUAAUGAACGAAAGCGUUCUGGGGCUAGAUGACGAUGAUGGCGUAGAGAUGGACGAUGAUACCUUGUUAGCUUACGUCAACGCGCUAAACGCUGAAAAUAGUUCGAAUCCCGUGGAGCCCAUUCCUACAACUUCCAAUGAAUGUCUAACAGACACGCUGGAUACCACUGACGGGAUGAUCGCUGAAUUACGCUUGGAAGUUGCUGAGAUUUAUCAACAAAUGCGCCAAAUGUGUGUGGAAUUGCAAGCACUGAGUAACGCACAAGGCACCUCUGGUGCUUUGUUAAACGGCGGAGCUCACACACCGGACGAGUUGGCUAUGGUUGAAAUGGACUUCCGGCUCAGUUCUCUACGUUCCGUCCUGGGUGAUCUGCGAGGGCUACUUCGGGAACUUGUCUCCGAUACUACUUGUAAGGAAAAACCGAUCACCCGCCCCAGGAAGAACUGUCAGGAAGAAAUUGACCCUGUCGAAGCUAUGCUGAACGAACGGGACGCAUUGGCAAACGAAGUGGCCAGCGCACAGCAGCGGCUGUCUAAUUUACAGCAACAGGUAGAAAAUGAAUCACAGAAGGUCAAUGCGAAUAAGCUCCAAAACGAAGCUAUGAAAAGCGCUACUUUUGUCGCGAACUGGCAGGAGCUAGAUGACGACGAUUACGAGUUCGAAAUGCCUCAAGACCCGAAAAUCUGAACAGCAGCCAACGUUAUAACCACAUACAAUCGCUAAUGGUGACGCAAGCCAUCAGACAGGACAGUCCGAGAAAGGAGAACUCUGUGGUCAUGUCCAUUUGCACGUGAGCAUUUAAUUUCCUAUGGAAAAUCAUGUCCGCCAAGCAUAGCUGACCAUACUUGCCAAAUCUAAGUGGUUCAAUAAUGAAA